AUGAUGAGCAUGAACCUCGCCUCCGAAAUCGUCACUUUUGGUCUCGCCUACUUCAUAUUACCACUUUCCUUAAGCUGGGAAAUACCUGGGCUCUCUAUAACGUAUCACUCCUGGAGACUAUACACGUUUAUCAUGGCUGUUCCCCUGGGUAUUGGUGCGCUGCUCUUAAUCUGGCUUUACGAAAGUCCCAAAUUCCUUGCCAAUAAAGGUGAAAUUACUAUAGCAUUAAAAGUAUUGAGGAAGAUUAAUGUGGCAAAUGGUGGCAAGGACGAUGACUAUCCGGUUCACAUUCUUGAAGGAUUAGAUAUUACAACAAGCCAAAAGCAACCACUAUGGUCUUCAUUAGUGACUCAGACAGUACCAUUGUUCCAGCCUCCACUGUUAUUAAAGACUUUACAGUUGUUCUACCUAAUAAUUGUAUGUUGCGCUACAAACAAUGUAUUUCUUAUGUGGUUCCCAACCAUGGUGAACUUGUUUUCUAACUCAGUAUCUGGUGAUACUACAGACGCUGGCUUUUGUGAGGGUGUAGUUCAGAACGCCACGAAUAGUGUUCAAGUUGAAAAUUAUGUAUGUGAUGACGUGAUGUCACCGAACACAGUUUAUUCGGGCAUUAUUCUUGGGCUUACCUUUACAUUUAUUAACCUCGUGGCUUCAAGACUAGCUUCGUGGAGGCGUCUGGUGCUGAUCGGAUGUCUACUGAUAGCAGCGAUAAGCUCUCUUCUGGUGGGGAUCGUCACGAAACCCGUUUUGAGCAUGAUUUUUUUCUCUUUGAUACAAAUAACCUCCGUCGGUGAUGGUAGCGUCGCGUCCUACUUCGUGGACAUGUAUCCUACGACAUAUAGGUUUGUAUUUUAA